GUCUAUAUAAGUAAGCACGUUGACGCCUUCAAAUCAAUUCGUAAUGAAAACAGAGAAAAAAAUGAAGUUCUUAUUCGUUGUGUUGAAUGUUGUCGGGCUAAGUCUUGCUGCUUUAGACAUUGCAGAGCAUUUGCGAGCACCGCUAAAACAAAUGCGUAAGGGAUGUGUAGAGCAAACGGGUGUAGAUGAGAAAUAUAUAGAUGAAAGUAAAAAUGGCAAUCUUCCUGAUAUUCCCGAGCUAAGAUGUUACGUGCUGUGUCUUAUGGAGCAUUCGGGUAUAAUAGACGAUGCCGGAGUAGUGGAUUUCUCUAAAAUCUACCAUCUUUUCACACCUAGUAUGAAGGAGACAUUCCAAGAUGCAACCAACGAUUGCGGAACCAUUCAUGGUGAUACUAGAUGUGAUACAGCGUAUCUAACUUUUAAAUGCUUCGUUACAAAGUACCCAAAGGAUGCAGAAUUGCCGUAGUCUCAUCAGCGGGGGUUCAACAGUACUAUGCAUAAUUUUGCUAUCAUCACGUAUGGAUUUAAGUGUGUUAUUUUUAUCGAAUGAAUAUUGCGGAUGUACACAUUUUAAAUUGGCUAUUACUUAAUAAAUCACCACAUAUACCUCUAACCAACGUAAAAUCCAUUAAAUAUGGUGGAUUUUCUGUAUAAGAAAUAAAAUUGGUAAAUCAACGAAUAUUCUGCCCGGGAAUUUGCACAAUUCAAUCAUUUUUCAGGAUAUUAAAUUAAUAAUGAACGCGAAAAUAAAUAUAAAAACUUUUGUGGUUUUUGUUCUUACACAAAUGAAAUCUGCUUAGAAUAUGCUGCUUAUAAAAUCUUUUAUUUGGAUAUUAUCAUCAUUUCUUGUUACUAUGGAUCGUUUGUUAUCUAAUCAUUUAGUGCAAUAUCUAAACGAACUUGACUACUGAAUUCGGCUUAUUUGUCUAAUUUUAU